AACAAAAAUGGCGACUGACAAGGAAAACCAAGAUUUAAAAAAAAAAAAACCUAUUGUUGAUGAUCAAAUGAAAUAGAUACAAUAGCAACUUUGAUCAUCCUUGUAUUUGGAUUUAACAUUCAAAACAAUUUAAACUGGGAAACCAAGCAACUGUUUGAGUUGUCAUUUUAAAUGAUUUUUAUCAUGAGGAAGUUGGCAUUGGUGGGAGUGAACAGGCAUUCAUAGAAGCAAUUGAGAAUGCUGCUAAUGUUAAUACACGCCUGGGCAUAGAAAGAAAAAUGAGACUUCCGUUUCUUGACUCACAGACUGGUGUGGCACAGAAUCAUACAGCUUUAUGGCAUCCAUAUAAAGAUAGACAACAAGGACAAUGUAAAGGCCAGUUAUACAGUUACCCUGUCAAGAGAUGGAAAAAGAAAAAACGAUUGGCUUUUAUGAAUGCAGAAAGCAAAAAGACAUCAGAUAUUGAGACUGGAGAAGCUGAUAUGCAUCAAAUAAGUACAGUAGAGAACCCAGCUAUUCGAGUGGAAGAUGAGAAGAAUGAGUUGAGCAAAGAUGCAUGGUAUGAUGAAUAUGAUGAUAUAGAUGAACCACCAGAUGCAGGCGAAAUGGUAGAUGACCAGUCAGAUAUUAGUGACUUUGAAGAAACAUAUAUAAAACGCCGCAAGAAAAAGGGACCUGGAAGAGGUAGAAAGAAAAAUAUUGAUAAAGAUAAAGACUUAAAUCCAGAGGAAAGAGAAAAACCAUAUGCCUGUGAAGUGUGCAAUGCCAGGUAUAAGACCAGGCCAGGGCUAUCAUAUCAUUACAACCAUUUCCAUAAUGGUAUAAUAGAUGAUCAAGAAUUAUCUCAGUCACCCAAGCCUCAGAGAUCAACUCGCAAUUCCAGUGGUCCAAAAAGUAGUAUGACGAUAGAUGAUAAAAUAUCUGCAAAUAAUUAUUGUGAUUUUUGUUUGGGUGAUUCCACUGAAAAUAAGAAAACUGAGAUGCCAGAAGAAUUGGUUUCCUGUAGUGAUUGUGGACGUUCUGGACAUCCAACCUGUCUACAAUUUACACAGAAUAUGAUUGUAUCAGUGAAGAAGUAUCCAUGGCAAUGCAUUGAAUGCAAGUCCUGUGGUCUUUGUGGAACAUCUGACAAUGAUGAUCAGUUACUGUUUUGUGAUGAUUGUGAUCGUGGAUAUCAUAUGUAUUGUUUAAAUCCACCUCUUACUACACCACCAGAAGGUAACUGGAGUUGUCAUUUGUGCAUUGAAGAAUUCCAUGGUGGAAAGAAGCCAGAGGGAAUGAACUAGUCAUGAAUUGUCUGAAGAUUCUAUGUUGUUAAUAACUUUAAAUGUAAUUGUUAAAAACAUUGUUACAAAAUUUAAAUUUAAUUGUAAAUCAAAAUUACAAAAAACAAGAUCAAAUAAUUUGUAUCGAUCCAUCAGAUUGAAAUAGUUCAUUACAUAGUUUGUACAAAAAUGUAUAUGAUUAUUUUAAAAGAAUAUUCAUUUUUUUUAUAUAAUAAUGUGAGAGUUAAAAACAACUGAAUAAGUUAUUGUUCAGUCAAAAUCUAUGUUUACAUGUUUAAGAAUAAACUUUUUUAAUAUCAA